AUGGCCGAUCUCAAGUUGAUGUCGCUUGCCCUCCUCGCCACCGUCGCGCUCCCUGCAGUCGCUGCCGAGCUUCCUGCUGGAGUCGUCGCCGUACCUUUGAGUAGAGACUGGGGACUUACAGCAUAUUAUGCUGAGCUCCAAGUCGGCACGCCGCCGCAGAAGGAGUACCUCAAGGUUGAUACCGGAAGCCCAAAUUUUGCCUUCUUGAAUCCACGCAAUCCGAGUUGUGCCACGCAAAACUGCAAGACCUUUGGCACAUUUGACAAUCUCACCUCAUCGACAUGCCAUGACGAGGGGCCUGGUUUCUAUGACUUCCUCUCUUCCCUUGGCAAUGGAGAUUUUCUAAACGAUACACUUGUGCUGGGUGGUGUGACUGUGGAAAAAAUGUACUUUGGAUACACGUCUUCCUAUAUUUACCCCAACUAUGUUACCGGCAAUGUGUCCACAAUCCUUGGUCUAUCCUUGAAUUGCCAAAAUGGAGGUCCCACUUGCACGUACAAGGGUCCGGUAUUGUUACCGCAGCUCAAGAACAAUUCUAUAAUCGAAUCCAUGUCGACUAGCAUCUACCUUGGCCGCGACAAUGCAGAUGUAAAGAACGCGAAAAUGCUGAUCGGUGGAGCAUACGACAAGGCCAAGGUGGAUGGUGAGUUAUUCACCAUUGACAUGGUGGAUCCACACAACCUUAACCUCGCCAACGGGCAGACCAACUCUGUCAACGUGACCGCCAUGGAAGUUGUCCUUGAUGGCACCAACCGUACCGCCGCAACAUAUGGUGAGAAAGAUGUCGGACUCCCGGUACUGCUUGACACUGGCAUUGCAGCAUGGUACAUGCCGGACAAAAUCUUUGCUGCUACCUACUACGGUCUUGGAGGACGAGGCGAAGUUUCCGGCGGGACGCGACACGUAGCUGUCGAUUGCGCCUACCGUGACCCCAGCUACACAAAGGGCUAUGUCACGGUUGAAUUUGGCACUGCUGGCAAAGUCAGUGUCCCACUUUCCAGCCUCGUGUCGCAGUUCCAUGAUGGAACUUGUGGAUCGUUUAUUGCACCACGUGGCGACAUUGUGAGCACAAUGGGUGACCCGUUCCUGAGGGGAGUAUACUCCAUCUUUGAUCAGGAGAACUUCACCGUCACAUUGGGUCAGGUGAAGCAUACAGAUGAGGAGGACAUUGUUGCGAUCCCCAAGGGAGGUUUCAAAGCUUCGUCAAAAUAAACGCGCGAUAAUAAAAUAAUUUCUAAUCC